UAUUGUAAUCCAGCCUCUCUCCCACUCUUGGCUCGACUGCUCAGUCUGCAGUCAUUUCAGUGUGUUUUGGGGCGAGUUUGGACCAUGACUCUCAGACGGUGCUUCCUGCUGACCCUGCUGCUCCUGGAAGUGAUUGUCUGUGGUCAGGCUCAAGAGAUGGCAGUGUCUGAAGCUUGGACCGGUCGGACAUGCAAAUGUGACUGUGAUGGAGGAGAGACUCCAACAGACUACACCACUUUCGGACCUCCGAGUCGCCCCCCCAUGGUCCGUGGAGUGGACUGCAUGCCAGAAUGUCCGUACCACCGACCUCUGGGCUUCGAGGCCGGGUCAGUGAGUCCAGACCAGAUCACCUGCUCCAACCAGGACCAGUACAGCGGCUGGUUCUCCUCAUGGCUUCCCAGCAAGGCCCGUCUCAACAGUCAGGGUUUCGGGUGUGCGUGGCUCUCGAAGUUCCAGGACAACAAUCAGUGGCUGCAGGUGGACCUGAAGGAAGCCAUGGUGAUCUCUGGGAUCCUCACACAAGGCCGCUGUGACGCCGACGAGUGGCUGACCAAGUACAGCGUCCAGUAUCGCUCCGAUGAGAAAUUCAACUGGAUCUACUACAAAGACCAGACUGGAAACAACAAGGUGUUUUACGGGAACUCUGACCGCUCCUCAUCCGUCCAGAACCUCCUGAGACCCCCAAUAGUGGCGCGCUACAUCCGCAUCCUGCCGCUGGGAUGGCACACACGCAUCGCCCUGCGCCUGGAGCUGCUGCUCUGCAUGAGCAAAUGUUCUUAAAAAUCCCCCUCUGGUGCUGUUCCCAAGUCUUAACCUGGUGUCCAGUUUUCACUUGAACGUGUCCUAAAUAGUGAACCAGUUCACUCAUCAUGUGUAUGAGAAACCAGCUUCUCGACAGCAGCAGAGCUCGGAGUAGAAUGUUUCAGUUGCAGCUAAAAUGCCAUGAAUUCAAAGCAAUAAUUAGUCCUGGAGGCCAUGUUGCCAUGGAGAUGGUAUCCACAGGUCUGCAGAGAGGUUCAUUAAGGUGACGUCAACAGCAGAGUUUUUGGAUAUUAUAUAUAUUGUUAUAAUGUCAGAGCAUAGUAUUUUGUGGGGGGAACUUUGUAUUAGUCUUUUAGGUUCCUUGACAAUACUGUUCUUUAACUGUAGUGUUCGGGUGGUGAUUAACAUUUUUAAUGAGGCUUAUGCUACAGGUACUUCAAUAACAUUAUGCAGAUAGUUCAACUAUACAAGAUCACAAAUGAAAAACAUUUUUCAGGCUGCCUCGACACGUAAACACCAGUGUGAAACUGAAGGCCUGAAGAAAUUUUUUAAGACACUCAUUAAGUUUGUAUCAAUAUUAAUUUUACUACUAAUUUAAAAUCUCCGUUUAUUUAAGACCCGAAAUCCAAAUUUUGGAAGAAAGUUUAACAUCAAUGUUUACUCACGCUGUUCUGACUUACGAUAACAAAGCAUGGGUUUUGAAAACAGUUCUUUUCUUGCUUUGGCCACAAUAGAAAGUGGCCACAACCUGACAGACACAGUUGGUCAGACUGUGUCAUACAAUUACGAUUAAAAUGGCGUUUGACCAUAGAAGUAUUUUCAAGGGUGUUACAUGGUGGCCCAUUGUCAUACCCUUCCAUGGGCCCCAGAUAUCCUGGCAGGGUCUGUGGCUGCCCCAUUGAUUUGCAGGCUGCUAACAUUAAACGAAAUUAUUAAAAUGGUAACUGCUAUCUGUUAAGUUACCAGAGAAAUGAUCAACAUUUUGUAAAAAAAAAACACACAUUGUGAUUUGCCUCCCUGUAUAAUUGACGCAUUCAUUCAGGUGUUUUUGCCACCAAAAUAUUGACUAGUAACAGAUAAGGGUGUCUUUUUUAUUGGUUGAUCUUUUUUAAGUGAAAGCUCUACUACUACUUAGCUCUGUUUUGUGAAGUCCACAUCUUCCUCAUUGUAUUUCCCGCUGUGAUAUUUUCUCUUACGCUUGUUUGUGUUCAGUAAAACAAAACAUGGGGUCCAAUGUGCACUUGGC